CCUCCAAGGAACUGCCGCUCCGCCCGCCCCGCCCCCGAUCGCGCAGACUCGGUUUCCCAGAAGUCCCCAGGUUGGGUCCAGCCGGCAGCUCCCGGACGUCCCCUGGUGGCGCACUUCAGAGCGACUCCAGUUCCCGGCGGCCCGCGCGGCACGUUCCCGGCGGAAGGGCUGCUCAUGAUGGCUGCGGCUGGUUCCGCCGCUGUGUCCGGGGCAGGGACCCCAGUGGCGGGUCCCGCAGGCCGCGACCUCUUCGCCGAGGGGCUCCUCGAGUUCCUGCGACCGGCUGUGCAGCAGCUGGACUCUCACGUCCACGCCGUCAGAGAGAGCCAGGUAGAGCUACGAGAACAAAUUGACAACCUAGCUACUGAACUGUGCCGAAUCAAUGAGGAUCAGAAAGUGGCCCUGGACCUCGACCCCUACGUGAAAAAGCUACUUAAUGCCCGGCGCCGAGUUGUCUUGGUCAACAACAUUCUCCAGAAUGCGCAGGAACGGCUGAGGCGGCUAAACCACAGCGUGGCCAAGGAAACAGCCCGCAGGAGGGCAAUGCUGGAUUCAGGAGUUUACCCGCCUGGUUCCCCAAGCAAGUAACAGGCCAGAAGAUGGGACCCAUGCAUUGCCUCAGAGUAGCACAAGUACUGUUCCGGAGCUGCCUUGCUUCCUCCAGGACUCCUCCCUGCAGACCUUGGGACAUCAAAAAGGCAGCCCUGUUGUUUCUCCUUGAAGCACUUAAGUCUUACCUGUUUAUAUGGGGUCCCAAAGAAACCUGUAUACAGCAGGACUAAUGAUCCCAAAGGACUUAUUAUGGCUCUUGCUUCCAAGAAUGAGCUGAGGCCUCUACAUACUCAAGACCCAGCUCCUCUACCUUCAGGCCUAGUUCUGUUCUGUUGCAUGUCCUCUACUUGUGACUUUUUUCCUUUGUUUACAGAGGAUUUGGAGAAGAGGGCAGGCAAAGUCAAGGGAAUGACUCCUGUCUACCCUCUUUUGUUGAUUGCACUUGGCUUGAAUAUAUAGCAGUACUGCUAGAACCAUAUAAUCCAAUAAAUGCUUAAAACAGUUUUA